AUGAAGGAUUUAGGGAAGCUUAAGUACUUUUUGGGAAUAGAAAUCAGCAGAGGUCCUGAUGGUAUUUUCUUGUCACAACGUAAGUAUGCGUUGGACACCAUCGCGGAGACGGGAAAUUUAGGCUCUCGGCCUGCUGCAACUCCAUUGGAACAAGAUCAUAAGCUCGCCACCGUUGAAAGUCCGCUCUUGGAUGAUCCUAAACCGUUUUGGAGACUUAUGGGGAGACUGAUUUAUCUCCUUAACACGAGACCAGAGUUAUGUUACUCUGUCCAUCUAUUGUCUCAGUUUAUGACGCAGCCUAAGGUGGCUCAUUGGGAAGUUGCAUUGCGUCUCGUUCGUUAUUUGAAGGGUUCCCCUGGUCAAGGCAUCUUUCUCUCGUCUGAUCCCGAUCUUACUCUUACAGUUUACUGUGAUGCCGACUACAACUCUUGUCCCUUGACUCGUCGCUCGCUCAGUGCUUUUGUUGUGUUGCUUGGAGGCUCUCCUGUUGCGUGGAAAACCAAGAAGCAAGAUACGGUAUCACACUCUUCCGCCGAAGCUGAGUAUCGCUCCAUGGCUGUGGCUCUACGUGAAAUCAAAUGGUUUCGCCGUGUGUUAGCCGGCCUUGGAGUUGACCAGACUCAGCCUACACGUUUGUUUUGUGACAAUAAGGCGGCCAUCCACAUAGCCUCCAAUCCAGUUUUCCAUGAGCGAACAAAACAUGUCGAGUCCGAUUGUCACGCGGUUCGGGAUGCAGUUGAAGAAGGUGUUAUUGUUACGGAUCAUGUUCGUUCCGAGGAGUAA